UCAACCUGUGGUCUUUCCCUUUCCCACCUUUAGCUUUUUCUUCCCUCCAUCUCUCUCUCUCCUCUCUCUUCUCUCCUUUCUCCCUCCCUCUCUCUCUCUCUCUCACUCAAUCCCUAGCUGAAGUUUUGAGAAACUCUCUCUACAUUUGGUUGGCUUUUUUUCCUAUCAUCACAUCUAGAUCACUUGUGGCCUAGGUCUCCUGCCAAAGAACUAUUAACUUUGGAGCUGGGAUUGGAGAAGGGAGAGAGUGGUGGGGGAGAUAGAGGGAGAGGAGAAGAGAAGGAUCUUGGGAGGGGAAGAUGACUCCACCUAACAUGGCAGGCCAGUUUGGAGACACCACUUACACCAAGGUCUUUGUGGGGGGGCUGGCUUGGGAGACCCAAAGGGAGACCAUGAGGAAAUACUUUGAGCCGUUUGGAGAGAUCCUGGAGGCUGUGGUCAUCACUGAUAAGAACACUGGAAGAUCCAAAGGCUAUGGAUUUGUCACAUUUCGAGAGCCGGAGGCUGCGAUGCGGGCUUGUGUGGAUCCUACACCGGUGAUCGACGGAAGAAGGGCUAAUUGUAACCUUGCUUCUCUUGGGAUUCAGAGAUCUAGACCAACAACACCUCUCCAUGGUGGAAGCAGAAACUUUAGGGUAAUGAAAUCUUUUCAAGCAGGCCUUCAAGGAGGUUUGGGAACAGCUUUUCCAUCGCCUGCCACCUUCCCUCAUUAUGCCAUCCAACAAGGGAUUCCUUAUAAUGUCUAUGGGUACUCUUCAUAUUCCCCAGAGUAUACUUAUCCAACGAGCUAUUACAAUGUGUAUGGAGGGGCAGCUGCUCAGUAUCCAUUUUAUGGAGGGGCAACAACUGGGCUGGUGACUGGAACCACUGCAUUCUACCCAUAUUUCCAGCUCGGUCAGGGCGGAGGCACCGCCCCUUAUCCUCAUGGCCAGGGCUAUGGUGUGCAGUACCCACAGAUGUUUCAGUACUCUGCAAUGACCACAACUGGGUUCUUGGCACAGCAUUAUGGAGGGCCCAUGUCCCUUGCACCAAGUCCUCAGGCUCAAGCAGUGUCUUUUGCUCUGAAACAGGCAUGACCAUGGCUCUCACAGCUCCAACUCUGCCAACUCCAACAGCCCAUCACUACAGACUCAUCCCUACUCCCCUCACUGCAUCAAUGUCGCCGGAGCAGCCCUUGGCUUAACCAUGGUUUUUUUCCUUUCAUCUCUCAUCCACUGUACUUUCUUCCUCUCCUCAUUCUCGUUUCAUGUGUCUCUGUCCAUCUUUCCAUCGCUAACACAUGCCCAAGUUUACACCUCAAGGUUCCAAGGUUUUUUGGUCUACAGAGGCCAAAAAAACCAAAAAUUUCAAGCUUGGAAGAAUGCUCCAAGUCCCACAGAUACAUGUGGUGCUACUUGGGCAGUUCAUUAAGCUUUAGCCCUGGGAUGGGCUUAAAGCAUCUUCUCCCCAAGGUGGGGUGCCAUCUUCAUUCUUCAAGGACAAAGGGUCGCCAAUCUCGGCUCCUCAUGAGCCGAGCACCAAAAAAACCCUUCUAACCCCAUAGCCCAAGCUGGGCUUGAGCCAAAACAAACCUAACUUGGACUUCAAGAUGACCAUUUUCAAAGAACUGAUGGUCAAGUCUCUUCGAGUAUUAGCCUUAGGUUGGCUUAUCUUCCCUUACCCUCUGCUAAGUACCUCAAGCUUUAGAGGUAAUUUGGCCAAAAAUCCAUGGGCAAAGGCAAGCCCUGGACCUUGUUCCAAUCUUAGCCCUUGCAUGGGCUAACUUACAAAACCUCAUGACUUUAGUGAGCUGCUUUCACCCACCAUGCGUCACCUCACCAACUUCACCUAACAAUCAUAUUAAAAUUAACUGCAACCAACCACUCCCCUUACCUAGGGAAAGGUAAGGUGACUUAACCUACACUCCUCUCCUAUUAGUUUUUCUGUGUACAUUCAUGAGGCCAGGCUCCAAGGGGGGGUUUUGGCCCCACGGAAGGCGGGUUUUGAGGAGGGCCAGUGUUUGUUUUUGGCACGUAGCUCUACUUCCUGCCCCCUCUAACAUGGGAUUUGAACUCCACAUAUGGCUGUGGCGUUCCCUCCACCCUUUAGGAAAGUUUAGUUUUCCCGACCCAAAGGACCCUGGGGAGAUAUUUUUGGUCUCUUGGGUCCCACCUCCUCUGACUCUCCUCCAAUACCAUGGUUAGGUCCAGGAGUCUCUCUCUCUCCCCCCACCCAUCCCUCUCUCAUGUUCUCAUAUGCUACUUUAGUUUCAGGGAGACUUUUUGAUACUUUGUAUGCAAUUUCUCAGAAGUGGAUUGUAAUAACUAGGCAUGCUACUUUAGGACCAGCUGAUGUCACUUUAUUUUCCAAGUCAUCACAACUUUUAGUAAUAUUACUGAAGUAGUUGGAGGAUUUGUUUUUAUCUUUAAUGUCCA